AGCUCCCUGUAAAGAAGAGAAGGGAAUGAUGGGAAAUUUAUUUUGCGAGGAGCUGAGUGUGAGACAGUCGGAGGAUACAAGAGGCUUUGGCUUUGGGAGCAGAUGUAACAUUGACCUUAAAUGGUAAAAGCUCCCCAGAGUAAAAGGGAGGGAGGCCUCUUCGGGGGAAAGAAUACUUUUAGCUUUUUGGUUGGGAAUUUGCAUAACUAAGAAUAAACUGAAUUUCCAGGCACAGACGUUACUUUUAAUCUCGGUUUAAAGAUGGAGUGAAUCAGUUCUGGCUGAGUUUUCUCCCUGGAUCCAUCACUGGGUAUAAAUCAAUGCACAUAACGGAUCCCUCGGAAUCGGCUGCAGCAUUUGGAGGGGGGUGGGUGUCUUUUGCCCCAUUCAGCGAUGAGAUACAGCCUCACAGGUCCAGCCACAAUGCUUUCCUCCCCCAGUGUUGGUGGAGGGUCAACCUGAAUUUGUAAUCCAAGAAAUCCUUGACUCUCGCCUUGUGCGGGGACUAGCAGAUGAUAGCCUUUGGACUCCUAACUCCUGCAGUGCCAACCUGCUUCUGCCGGGGCUCAUGGUCAGUCACAGGGACCAUCCUGUUGCCCAUCACUCACCAUGCCUGGAGACAAGAAGAAUCCAGCAGAUGCCCAGAAGCCACCCUACCCUGGGCUGGUGACGGGCACAUCUACAACUGACAGAGCACGCAUUACCCCUGCCAUUAUCGUGCCGCAGUCUGCAAACCCUCUUGAUGAAACGCAAGAGAAGAAUUGCCUCGACAGACACAGCCCCCAGGGGAGAACAAGUCGCCAGUCAAGAUCCUCCACUUCUUCAAACAACAACCUAAUAUCUGUAGAUAAUAAAGGGCAUGCGAUCGACCUGGUGCAUGAUAACUUGCCCAAUGUCAGGAUCUCAGAAGAAGACAAAAAGAAGAACCUGGAAUUGUUGGAAGAAGCAAAGAAAGUCAGUGAGAGAUUCCUGACACGGAGAGGAAGAAAGUCCAGAUGCAGCAUCUCCGACUCUCCAACAGCACUUUCUCCAUCCCCAAGCCCAAAGGUUUCCCCCGUGCCACAGAAUCAUUUAUUCACUUUUCCGCUGCCUCCAGGUUCCCCUGAAGCAUGCCCUCCUGUAUUUGCUGGGCCUACACCUAUAGCUCAGAGUGCCACAAAGGGAUUAGCCGAUCGGAAGCAGAAUGACCAGAGGAAGGUGUCCCAAGGAAGGCUCUCACCGCACUCCCCACCUAUGAAAGAAACUCUCUCUGAACAGAAGGAGAACUUCGACCCUCUGAAGCACAUGUCCAACGGGCACAAAACUGGUGGAACUGACAGCUGCAAACAGUUCCUCAGUAACAAUGAGAAUGAGCCUGGGAAAUCCAUUCUAAAGAAAACCAAAGAGAUGGUCUCCUUGGGGGAAGUGAUGCAAGGCCCCGGGGCCACUAAUCCAGGGAUAAACAUUAAGGGAUUAUCGACAGAUCAGCCAGACCCUAAAUUUCUUUCUAGACCAGAGCCCGGAGACCGCAGCAGUCGCCCUCCUCUCUUGAGGGCACUUUCCUGGGACAGUUUAGCACCAGCAGAGAGGGACAAAACACAUGCGGGGAUUCCGGAGAAUGAAAAAGACUUCCUUGAGAAACUACAUGACAAAUGCAACAACAAACUGCCCAAGUUUGUGGGGUUUAAAGACUUUCACGUCCAGCCGGUUCGACUUCAAAAGCUGACUAUGCUCAGAGAAGAACACAAGUUGAUGAGGAGUCAGAAUCUGACAGGACAGAAACUCCCAGAUCUGAGCGAGGCAGCCGAACAGGAAAGAGGUCCAUCUCCAGUUCCUUCCCUGUCGGAUGAUGUAGAAGAAGCCAAGGGGGAGUCGGAUGUUAUGCCCAGUAUCCCGGAUAUUCUCUUACGGAAGCUACGCGUGAAUCGGUGUUUGUCCAACAGUGCCCCGCCACUGACUGAAAAGGAAGUAGAGAAUGUAUUUGUUCAGCUCUCACUGGCAUUUCGGAAUGACAGCUACACCCUAGAAUCCAGGUUGAACCAAGCUGAGAGGGAGCGGAACCUGACAGAGGAAAACAAUGAGAAGGAAAUAGAAAACUUUAAAGCAACUAUCAUGUCUUCAGUUUCCAUCUGGCAAAACAGCGAGCACAGGGAGGCAUACCAGAGGCUGCUGGAAGACAUUGCAGUCCUACACUGCUUGACCAACAGGCUCUCAAGUAGGGCAGAAAUGGUUGGAGCUGUUCGGCAGGAAAAACGCAUGUCUAAGGCCACAGAAGUCAUGAUGCAGUAUGUUGAGAACCUGAAGAGGACGUAUGAGAAAGAUCAUGCCGAGCUGAUGGAAUACAAAAAACUGGCCAAUCAGAACUCCAGUAGGAAUUCCAGCGGCUCCGAUGAUGGGGUACCACGUUCAUCAAGAUCCAUGUCACUAACAAUCGGCAAGAACAUGCCACGUAGAAGGGUCAGUGUGGCUGUGGUCCCCAAAUUCAAUUUACUGAAUAUCCCUGGGCAGUCACCGAGCACAUCUCCUUUACCCACUAUGCCAUCCCUUACAGAGUCAUCUAGUGGGAGAAGCAGCUCACCCAUCCCCCCUAUGCAGUCUCCUCUGAUAGAAAAUGCAAAGAUAAGCUCAGAGACAGAAUGUGAGGCACCAGUGGGGGUUCCAGGUCGGAAUGAACAGGAUGAAAUCAGGCCAGAAAUGAAGGCAAAGAUUGAAGAGGAGGCUUACAACAAGGGGUAUCAAGAAGGUUUAAAAAAGAUGCAAGGAAUAGCUAUAUUUAAGGAGGAAGAAGAGGAGAAAGCAAGUGAGGUUACAGCUGAGUGUGAAGAUGAAGCAAAGGAGGAAAUAAAGCUCAAAAGCAGUAAGAUUGAAGAGUGCUUUGAUUAUAUACAAAUGCUGUAUCCCAAGUUACUGACUCAUUGGAAUGUCCUCUCUAUUGUGGCUGCUGGGAUAGUCCUCCUCGCAGUCUUGUUAAGCAUCUACAACUCUUUGACUUCCUGCUCGGAGCUACCAGCUGGCCACCAUGGGAAAGCAUCAUGUUCGGCCUCUCAGAGAUAUUCCUGGUGGACUUCAGGACUACCCCAUAAGCAGCAGCGGCAGUGAAAGAUGGAGGUAGUAGGAUGGAAAAGUGCAUAUACACUGAAUUGUGCAGGGAAUACUAUAUAGUACAUGUGCAUCCAGUCAAGCCGAGGAUUCCUGGUGCCUCACAUGGACUGGAUUACUGCCCAGAGGGCAAACCUCAAAGGAAUGACCAAGAACAGAAGUCAACAGUCUCCACUCUAAUGUAUUUUCUUUUGUAGAAUAAGCAUUCCAUCCAAAUGACAAUUCCAUUCAUUCAGCAUCCAAUUGGAAAAUACAUUCCGGUCAAGUCUGAAAAAUUUCUGGUGCCUCAUAUGUGAAUUUUCUGACCACUUUCUGAUGCAGAUAUUAAUUUUCAAAUUUUUUUCCUACUUUCCUUUUUAUUUAGGGAAUGUUCACUCUGUGACACACACAUAUAAUGUACCCAAAAUCUAAAGCAGUGGUAUUAAAGAAGUUACUGUACCCAAGA